AUGUGCGGGAUAAGUGCCUUUCUUGAGCUCUCCCCAGAGGGAUCCAUUGAUGCUACCUCGCAGAGGAAAGAAAUUCAGAAGGAAUUAGACGAAAGUCUAGACAUAAUUGCUCACCGUGGACCCGAUGCACGCGGUCGCUGGCUCUCCGACGACCACCGAGUUGGACUUGGUCAUGUUCGGCUAUCAAUUAUUGAUUUGAGUUUUACCGGAAACCAGCCAUUUCACGAAGGAACCAAGUUCCAUGCCGUUGUCAACGGAGAGCUCUACGACCACGAGCUAUAUCGCGAAAAAUUGGCCAAGGAGUACCAAUUCGUCGGCAACUCUGACUGUGAGAUCGUAAUGGCACUCUACAAACACUAUGGUAUUUCAUGUUUGUCGCAUCUGAGAGGAGAAUUCGAUUUCGUACUCUGGGAUGCAAAGCGUCAGUUGCUUCUCGCAGCGAGAGAUCGAUAUGGAAUUAAAUCGCUUUACUAUACUGUUAUCAAUGGUUUUUUAUUGGUGGCCACUGAAAUGAAGUCAUUCUUGGCUUUUGGAUGGAAGCCCGAAUGGGAUAUCCGAACGCUGCGCGAUCAGAGCUGGCGAGUUGAGUCAAAGACUUAUUUCCGGGGAGUUCAUCGGGUCCUUCCUGGCCAUUACUUGAUCGUGCGAAACGGUGAAGACGAAGGUCAAAGGCCGUAUUGGGAUCUUGAUUAUCCUAACAAGUUUACCAGAGAAUUGCGUUGUGAAUCCGAAAUGAUUCAAGGAGUGCGGGACCAUUUACUGGAAGCUGUGAAGGUUCGGUUGAAGGCCGAUGUUCCUGUUGCCGUCUACCUCAGCGGAGGCUUAGAUUCUUCAUCAGUCGCGGGAAUGGUCGCUCAUCUUAUGAAAGAGGGAACUAAACUCGGCUCCGAAUUCAAUACAGCGCCCUCUAGCAUGAAAUGCUUUACUGUUCAGUUUGAGGAAGACAGCGGAGCGGACGAAUCAAAUGUUGCUCGACGAACCGCUGAAUGGCUGGGCGUGGAUUUCCAUCCCGUGAAAAUGGACGAGACAGCCUUGGCAAGCCGAUUCGAGGACACUGUAUGGAAUAGUGAAGUUCCCCUUCCGGAUCUAAACGGAAUAGCCCGGAUGGGCCUUGCUGAAACAGUACACGCCCAUGGUAUCAAGGUCGUCAUCACCGGAGAGGGGUCAGACGAACAUUUUGCGGGCUAUCCUUCAUUUAAGGCUGACGGUUUGUGUGAGCCUGAUUAUUCCUGGCCAGCCAGUGAUUUCGGCAGAGUCGAGCGCGAAGAAGCGGUGGUCAAGGUCAGAGGAGAGGCGGGCUUGGGAGAGUUUGGUGAACGCAGUACUAAUAUACCAGCAUCCGCCAAACGAGUCCAUCAGAAUGUAGAUGUCGCCGGUGCCACCGAAAGGGUCGGAAGCUUGCCAUUUGCGAAUUGGACAGAUUGCUUCGAAGCCGAACAGCCCGAGGUGCGUCUGAUUGAUGGACUCAGUGGAGCCGUUCGCGAUGCUAUCACCAAGAAGUGGCAUCCCCUUCAUGCAGGCCUAUAUCUCAACACAAAACUAUUCCUUCCUCACUUCAUAUUGCGCUAUAACGGGGAUAAUGUUGAUAUGGUCAGCCAAGUGGAAAGUCGCUGCCCCUUUCUAGAUCAUCAUUUAACAGAAUACGUGAAUGGUCUUCCACCUAGCUUGAAGUUGAAAUACGACCCGUCUACGAAAUCAUUUCGAGAAAAGCAUAUCUUGCGCGAAGCGGCAAAGCCUUUCAUCACCGAGGAGAUCUAUAAUCGCACCAAGAAACCUUUCCUUGGUCCACAAAAAUUCUAUCCUGGUGGGCCAUUACACCAAACUAUCACACGUUUAGUGACGAAAGAAAAUGUGGAAAGUCUGGGAUUCGCUGAUUGGGAUCUGGCGGAGCAAGCAUUGAAGAAAGGCUUUUAUGGAAACUACGAGCCCCUUGCCUUCAGGCGGGCUAUGACUAUCGCUCAAUUCAUUGUACUCGGUCAACGAUUUGGUGUUAAGACAGCAGCAUCGCAACCAAAUUGA